GUGUCACGUCAACACGAAAUCUGCUGAAAUUUUAUCAACAAGGAUCUCGUUUUCUGCGAAUUUCUGCAUUUUUCCAUCCAAAACAGGGCAAAAUAGGAAGAUUUUUGGCUUGAAAGGACAUUUUUCAUUGAAUUCCAUCAAAAAAUCAUCUUUAAACAAUAAAAAUCGGAGAUUAUGGCCGCCCCAAAAGUUACCUUCAAAAUUACACUCACAUCGGACCCAAAGCUGCCCUUUAAAGUAUUAAGUGUCCCUGAAAGUACACCGUUUACGGCAGUGCUGAAAUUCGCAGCGGAAGAAUUUAAAGUGGCAGCGGCGACAAGUGCAAUCAUCACGGAUGACGGAACGGGAAUAAAUCCGCAACAAACGGCUGGCAACGUUUUUCUGAAGCACGGCUCCGAAUUGCGACUGAUUCCACGUGAUCGCGUUGGAAGUUGUUAAAUUUUCGCAUUUUUUUUUUGGCUUAUUUUUAAUAAAAUUCUUUAUUUUUCUGAGAAAAAGGAUUUUUUUCUAUU